UCCGGUUGCCGAGCAGUCGUAACCAAACCGGCAAGAAGACCGUACGCGUUUUUUUCUCGAAAAAUACGCAAAUAUAUUGCUAUAUUUUUACUUAAUUUUUCAAUCAUUUUCAGUGUAUUUAUUGUGAUAUUUUUUUUGCGUGUGUAAAACAGUCUUUUUCUUGGUAAGUGAGUGAGCAACAGUUGUUUUUGUUUGCAAGUCGGCCAUUUUUAAACCGGAAUGGACGAUGAGAAAAGGGACUCUGACGAAAGUAAAGACGAAGCGAAAUGCAAAUUCGACUUAAACGGCUCGAAUUUCUCGAAGAAAAUGAUCGAAACCCGGGUCCUUAUCGACGCUGUGCAUCGUAGAAGGUGUCUAUGGGAUAGAUUGGAUCCAGAAUAUAGGGAUAGACUGGCAAAAGACAAAGCUUGGAAAGAGAUAUGUGGGGAAUUAGAGCCGGAUUUCGAUUCCUUGAUACCCGCUUUGAGGCAUGAGAUAAGUCUGCACAUAACAAAAAAAUGGUAUAACGUUCGCGACUCAUACGUCAAAUCUAGACGGAGUAAUCGUUCGAGUAGACCAUACGUUUACACAAAUGCUCUGUCAUUCUUAGACCCAAUAUACUUCGCAGAUGGUAGUUUAUCUAAUACAAAACACGAGAACUAUCUAGAAGACAAAAUAUCUAAUGAUGAUGAUGGUGAGACAUCAGAAAAUUGGAUCAACGAAGUGUUUAUAGAUGUUGAUGAGAAUUUAGCUGAGAGGAACAAUAAAAAGCAAAGAUUAGAUUAUACAGCUAAAGUCAAAGAUGAAAUAGAUGAUGCUGAGGCGAAUGUCGUUAAUAUAUUAGCGAAUUUGAUACAAAGGGAGGAAGAUGAUGAUAGGGCGUUUUUUAAAUCUGUAACGCCGUCUGUGAAAAUGUUGUCGCAAGAAGCGAAAUUGGAGUUUAGGAUACAAGUGUUGAAGUUGAUUAAAAUUUUAAGAGUCAAAGAUAAGAAAGGUAAAGGGCCAGGUCAAGAGUACCCGAAACCGCCGAGCUUGCAUGAAGAGAGUUAUGAAUGUGGAUAAAGCGGAGGAAGUAUGCAGAGAUCGUGGCAAGUGGAAAGAGGUAGUCUCUGCCUACCCCUCCAGGAAAGAGGCGUGAUUUUAUGUAUGUAUGUAUGUAUGUUAUGCUAUAAUGUAGUCAAAGUCAAGCGAGGACAAAACGUAAUGGUCAAUUAAGGGAUAAGGUAAUCCGGAUUAUUUAAUACUAGAGGCCGCCCGCGACUUCGUCCGCAUGGAAACCCUAUCAAUCCCGCGGGAACUCUGGGAUAAAAAGUAGCCUAUGUGUUAUUCUGGGUCUUCAGCUACCUACAUACCAAAUUUCAUGGUAAUCGGUUCAGUAGUUUUUGCGUGAAAGAGUAACAAACAUCCAUACAUCCAUACAAACUUUCGCCUUUAUAAUAGUAGUAGGAUUAGACGGGUUGGAUUUUGCAAACGAUAGACGUCAAAUCUACCUCAAUAUAAGCAACUAGUUGUGCCCGCUACUUCGUCCGCGUGGAAUAGUUAUUUUGGGCAUCAUUGAAGCCCUCAAGAAUGAAUAAUUAUCCCCGUUUUUUUUUUCACAUAAUACCAAUACAGAAAAGAAUAGGUCCACUCCAUCUCUUUCCCAUGGAUGUCGU